UAAACAACAAAAAUAACAUUCCAUCCAUUUUCUUUAUUACGUAAUAAUAUGAAAUUGAGACAAAUAAUUUCUUUAUGUUCAUUACCUACGAUAUACGUUAUUUACAUUCUUCUGCUUGAGUAUGUGGAUAAAGGUUUAGCACAAAAUCCUGAUCCCUUAUUCGAGUUACCCGUGCAAUUAAUCGGCUUCCCGGUUAUUGUCCUAUCGGUUCGUCUAUCGCAAUUUGCCAAAAAGCUCGCGUUUUCAUUGAGUCCAAGCACCUAUCGUUCGCGUAAUAAACGAGAUACCGCCAUGUUGGCCUAUAACGCUGAUAUAGCGCAAAAGGAAAUUUUACGUGAAUUUGGGCCUAGGGCUUGUGUCUUGGUGGAACCUUGUCGGGUACAUGCCUCUCGUCCGGGCCAUUACAGUAACACCCGACCCAAUUGGCCACAAGUGUUCAGUAACUACAAAGUGCAAUCAACCGGAACGAAACAAUGGUAUUUAUUGUCUGUAUUCAUUGGCGAUGCUGUGCGUGAUGUUCCCCUAUGUCGUUUACUGGCCAAAAGGAUGCCAUGUCCAAAUGUUGGACCAUUGCCGCCACCGCAACCCCGUUAAACGCUCAACACAAUGCAACAGGAAAGUCUCUCUGCAAUGUGUAUCUACCUCAAGUUUUCUUCAUUACACAAUUUCAUCUUUGCGUAAUACCCGGUGUUGUAAUGAACGUUUUUAUUCCUUUGUUUUCGUUUUUGUCUUUCUUUUCUCUUUCCUUCUUUCUUUGAUAUUUAUUUUUUUCCGUUUCAUUCUCAUUUUUAUUUUUAAAUUUCCAUGCAGUAAACCGUUUAAAGAGGGAAACAAAGGCAAAAGAUAGGCAACCAGGCAGACAUUUAAGCGUAUUAAUCCCACUACCGCUAACUAGAAUGCUGAGUCAUAACAUAAUGAUGACAUGGUUGGGGGGAAAAGCUACAAAAAAAAAAAAAAAAAAAAAAAAAAAAAAUGCUUUUAAUUUUUUUAGACGAUAAGAGCACUGAUGACAGUGUGACUGUACCAUGAAUUGAA